AUGAGUUCCAGACAGCUAAGAAGGUUGGGGAAAGAUGAUUUGGAAACUACUCUACUAAAGCUUACUUCCAAAUCGAGUUCUCCAGAUGCAAUUGCCGAAGAGGAAACAGUGGUUUCAGUACAUGACAAACCAUCUACUACUCAGUCAAAUAUGUUCAUGCUUAUGGGAGACGAUGAAACAAGUGAGGUAGAUUCAGAAGAAGCAGAAAAAGAAGAGGAAGAAAAGGAAGAGGAGACCGUUGCGCAGCCAAAGAAGGUAAUACAAGUUGAGACGAAAUCUCAAAAGAAGAACCGCAAGAAAAACAGCAAGAAGAAUAAAGGCAAGAAGAGCAAGGGUAAACAGAGUAACACUCAGUCAAGUCUCAAUGAUGAAGAAGAAGAUGAAGAGUUUGAUCGCCUUUUAGCUCAAUUCCAAAAGAAAACUGUAGCAUCGUACAAAUCAUUAGACUCACAGGGCGGAUAUGAUGAGUAUGAUGAUGAGGAAGGUUUCAUGACAGCAGAUGAAGGUAAAAUAGGAGAUGGGGAUGAAAGUAGAACGUCAUCGGCCUAUGGAAGACAUUACGACCUCAGAACGGACCCUGGGUUCUCUAAAUUCAAACAUUUCAAGCAACUUUAUAGUCUAUUCGAAUCAUUUGAUUUUAAUCGUUUGAUCCCAGAUAAUGAGUUCAAACUACUAUUUGAUGAUUUAUCUCCAGAAACUUUGCAAGAUAUUGAUUCUGUGACGUCUACUUCGGUAUCCCCUGAAGUUAUGAAACAAAUAGAGAAGUUAAAGAGAUUAGUGAAGAAUUGGAGUGGUAAAGAUAAAAGAAGCGUUCCAAACGGUGGAUCGGUAAGGAAACUACAGUUUACAAAAAUACGUGAUGAUUGGCUUCCAACUGUUCGUGGGGAAUUCUUAUUGAAAAAAUUAGGCAAACAAGAAUUGGUCCCAUGGUUAAAAUGGCAACGUCCUCUAGAUUGGGAAACAGUUAUUAAUGAAGAUGCGGAAUACAAAUGGCUCAGACACUUCACAUAUUAUAAAUUCGAUGCAUUAAAUCAAACAAACAGCAAAAAGGCUCUAACUGAGUUCUAUCUCAGUACCAUUCUACAUCCAGAUCAUGAGGCGCUCAUUUCAAUUAUAUCAUCCCAUUUCCCAUAUCAUGUACCGGGACUCCUACAAGUUGCAUUGAUAUGUGUUAGACAGGGAGACAAAUCAAAUAGCAAUGGUCUUGUUGAACGUGCUCUAUUUGUGUUUGAUCGCUGCUUGAAAACCGGAAUUCAGUUUAAUGCAAAGGAUUUCCAACUUCCUUAUAUUUACUUUUACAACAGACAGUUUUAUUUGGCGAUCAUGAGAUAUAUUCAAAUAGUUUCACAGAGAGGUGCUAUCUCUACAGCUGCCGAGUGGGCAAAGACGCUACUCUCUCUCUCUCCCUUAGAAGAUCCUCUCGGUGCUAGAUAUUUCAUGGACCAUUAUCUUGCGGCAAAUGAAGAAUACCAGUACAUUAUUCAAUUGGUCAGAAACCCAUUGUUCAACCUUUACAAACAGUGGUUCACAUUAGGUAUAGGUCUAACAGCGGUAUACUCUUACUGGAAGUUAGAAUGUCUUCAAGAAUCCCGAGAGCUAUUACAAAGGGUUUGGAAGAAGUAUCCAUCAGCCCUUCAUACAAUAUUCACCGAAUUUUUACUUGGCGAUCCUUCCAGUGUAAAGAUCAAUUUAGAAUCUCCAUCUGUUAGUGAUUCUAUAGAGACCAAAGCAUAUAUGACAAGAAUGGGUGCAAUUUGGAAGGAUCACGAUUCUAAAACAUUUUUACAUGAUGAGCUGUUACAUAUUUUCAAGACCGUACCUGUCGAAAGCACAGAUUCCGAAGAAGAGAACUACGAUGAUGCAUCACCAAACCCAUUCUUUAUUGAAGACAUCCCUGUUAAUCUAUUGAGGUUUGCUAUUUUAUCUCAAGAGUCGUCUGUUAUGGCCAUGAUUCCUGAAGAAGUAUGGUCAAAUUACUCUGUGUUCGAAUUCGAUGUCCUUCCACCACAACCACAUGAUAGAGAAAGCGAAGAGGUUGUAGAAACAAUCGAAACCUUGAUAGAUAGUAAACAACUUGAGUUAGCUCAGAUGGAACGUUUUGCUGAUGAACAACUUCUUCAACAAAUCAACCAACUUUCGCUACAAGAAUUCAUGGAGCAACAGCAACGGUUACAACAACAACCAGACCAGAACCCUCUGAAUGAAGAAUUAUAG